AUGAUGAACUACUACACCGGAAACCACACCGGAAAUAAUCCAGGCAACCUCCCGUCCCCUUACUACUGGUGGGAAGCAGGAGCCAUGUUCGGCACCAUGAUCGAAUACUGGUACUACACCAACGACAAUUCCUACAACCCGACAGUCACGGCGGCUAUGCUCUCGCAAGUCGGGGAGAACGACGAUUUUAUGCCUACGAAUCAGACCAAGACGGAGGGGAAUGAUGAUCAAGGAUUUUGGGCGAUGGCGGCUAUGUCUGCGGCGGAGAUGAAUUACCCGAACCCCCCAGAUGAUGAACCGCAGUGGUUGGCCUUGACGCAAGCUGUUUUCAAUGAGAUGGUGACGAGGUGGGAUGACAGUACAUGUGGCGGCGGACUUCGCUGGCAGAUCUUCACAUUCAAUGCCGGAUACACGUACAAGAAUUCAAUCGCGAAUGGCUGUUUCUUCAAUAUCGCAUCGAGGCUGGCAAGGUAUACGGGGAAUCAGACGUAUGCGGAUUGGGCUGAGAAGACCUGGGAUUGGAUGGAGGGUUUCGGCUUGAUCAGUACGGACUACAAGGUCUACGAUGGCUCGAGCGAUACCGAUAACUGUAGUUCUAUCGACCAUAUUCAGUUCUCAUAUAAUCAGGGAAUCUUCCUAUUCGGGUCAGCAGUAAUGUAUGAAUUUACAAACCAAUCCAGUACCUGGCUAGGCCGUCUCGAAGGGCUGUUGAACGGCACGGAUAUCUUCUUCAAGGAUGGAGUUAUGUAUGAACAAGCUUGUGAGCCCGUCAACACUGUCGGGACCUGCGAUACCGACCAACAAUCCUUCAAAGCGUACCUCUCCCGCUGGAUGGCCGCAACCGCCAAACUCGCCCCCGCCUACCACGAUACCAUCAUUUCGAAACUGAAAACAUCCGCGUCGGCAGCAGCAGCGCAAUGUUCAGGUGGAAUUGACGGAGUGACCUGCGGCGAGCAUUGGUACGAGUCGUACGAUGGGCUUUAUGGGCUGGGUCAGCAGAUGAGCGCGCUGAGUGUGGUGCAGAGCCUGUUGAUUGAUGAGGCGCCGGCGUUGGUGACGAAUGGGACGGGGGGUACGAGCCAGGGCAACGUGAAUGCGGGGAGUAAGAGCGCUUCGAGCACUGAAGUUAUCGAACCGGCGACGAGGGCGGAUAGAGCUGGAGCGGGAGUUUUGACGGCGUUGGUUAUUUCGGGGUUGUUUGGGGGAGUGGGGGUAAUGGUUACGGGGCCUUGA